GUCUAUUAAUAACCUAUCCGUGACUGUGAUUACAGAUCUACAGACAGACGACACUAUAACAUUCCUUUCAAACGUCAACCAUCGCGCGCACCUUCGCUACACAUCAGCGUAAAAAAAGGAAAUGUAGAUUUUGGAAUCAUUUUUCUUCGAAGCAGAACUUCCUUCAACACUCAAGAAGCCCCGCCCACCACCAUCACACAUCAAGCUGCCAUUGGAUAGAACAGCGCGCACGGACAUAAAGAGCUGAAGAGAGACUCGUAUGUGUGGACUGUGGAGGAACUGGUUGAGAAUUCCUUAAAUCUCCAUAUCGCGAGAUAAGCAUUAUGGGUGGGCAGUUGUCUAUUGACCAGAAUGUCCACGUGGUUAUCGUAGGAGGUGGUUUCGGUGGCAUCGCAGCUGCUCAGCACCUCAAGCAUCAUGGUGUUCCAUUUAUGCUUAUCGACAUCCUUGAUGCCUUUCAUCACAACGUUGCAGCUCUACGUGCCUCGGUUCAAACUGGUUUUGCCAAACAGACUUUUAUACCAUAUAAAGAAACAUUUGGGUUAAAUUUCCUCCAAGGACGUGUUAAGCGGAUAGAUACGGAAACGCAGACGGUUGUGCUCGACAAUGGAAAGGAAGUACGUUAUUCACACCUCAUUCUGUGUACUGGAACAAGUGGAUCUUUCCCAGGCAAACACAAUUCUGUGGACACCUACCAGUCAGCUAUUCAGAAAUAUGAGGAUUUUGUGAUCGAGAUCCAGGCAGCCAACACGAUCCUGGUUGUUGGGGGUGGAACCACAGGUGUUGAAAUGGCUGCCGAGGUCAAGACAGAAUUUCCGAAGAAGAAGGUGAUUCUGAUUCAUCCACGUGAGGACUUGGCUGAUACUGAGCUGCUCCCUAGUGUAAAAGAACAGGCCAAGCAGGUGCUGCUGGAGAAAGGGGUGGAGCUAUUGCUGGGGCAUAAAGUGUCAAAUCUGGACGAGCUGGAAUUCAACAAGUGUCGGAAUGGCAUGGUGGUCAGGACCAAUAAGAACGAGCAGGUCACAACAGACAUGGUCAUCUGCUGCACUGGACUUAAGAUCAACUCCGAAGCAUACUGCUCCAGUCUAAGUGCGUCGGUAGCAGAGAACGGAGCUUUGAAGGUGAACAAGCACUUACAAGUGGAAGGCUUUGACAAUGUGUACGCUGUAGGUGACUGUGCCGAUAUCAGUGAGCCCAAGAUGGCAUAUCACGCUGGACUUCAUGCUGGAGUUGCUACCACCAAUAUUACAAACAGUCUGUCUGGAAAAACAUUGACAUCAUACAACCCAGGGAGUGUGACUAUGCUGGUUGCUAUGGGAAGAGAUAAUGGAGUUGGCCAGUUUAAUGGCUAUAAACUACCUCGCUUUCUGGUUGUUAAGGGUAAAAGCCAGGGUCUGAUGCUGUGGAAGAGCUGGAACGAAAUGGGCCAAAAAGCCCCUAAUUAAUAGAAGGUUAACGAUCAAUGCUUACAUGCCUAAAUGUCUUUCAUUGAAUGAAUUAAUUCUCAUUAUGUCUAUUGAAGAAAUAUUUAAAAUUCUGUUUUUUAAAGAGAUUUUUACAUUCAACAUUGCAAUGUAUUUAUAUAAAUUAAUAUAAAGAAGCCUUAUAUUCACAGUAUAAACAUAUGUUAACAUUCAUAAAUACUGGAGCAAAUAUUUUCUGUGAUCACCAAAAUGUCCAGCUUUAUGUAUUCAU